AUGAUCUUGCAGGAUAGUUAUAACCAAGAAUCUAGAGCCCACGAAGAUGAGACUGCAGAUGACGAUACUGCAACAGCUGUCGAUGAAACCGAUCAGGAGGAAAUUGUCACUGAACCAAUGUGGCUUGCGGAGCACGGUCCUAUUGCUCUGAAGGUAUACAAAGACGUGUGGACAGAGUUUUAUGAGUUUGAAACUCAAUACUGCAAAUCUGUAUUGAAAAAUUUGUCUAGAGGCGGACCUGGUAGACACAAACAGGAUCCUCCUGCAAUCUCGGCACCGAUCUAUGUCCCGUCGAACUCAAACUACACCUGCCAAAUCGUUGACUUAAGCGAUGACGGACACACAAUGCACGUUACAACGCGGCCAAUGGACCCCACUGUGCUGGACGACUCAAAUUUUACAAUUCCCGAACCCUAUCCCAAAUAUACGACAUGCACACCGUUAUCGCAUAACGUCCGCCUUUUGAACCCGGAUAUGGACACUCGCGCACCGUUUUUGCCCUACGCAGACGAACCAGAGUUCCUUAAAAGGUUUCCUGACUACCUCGAUGACUUUGAUGUGUUUGCUUGGCAGGUUGAUCUUGACGAUCCAGAUCGUGAGAUGAUUGAGGUUGAAGCCGCUCGGCGUCUAUACAUGGACCACGGAUACUCGUAUGAGGAGAUAGAUAAAUUUGGCAUGUUCAAACAUGCAAUGUUGGUGAAAAGCAAGGAGAGCUUGGUCUGGCAUGCUUCUCACCGCGACCCGUUCCGAUGGCCAGGCGGCACGAGCACUCUUGUACCUUCCCAAGAUAGAGAUGCUAGCGACAAAGACAGCUCUUCUUCUUUGUCACACGACGGCUCAGACAAUGCCCUGGGUGAUCAAAGUACCUCAAAGAUCUUCCCUGAAAACACCAUCAAUCACAGCGCGACAUUCUAUGACGAAGUAGUUCGUGACAAACCUCAACCCAUUGUUCCGCCCAAGGCCACUGUAAAGGGAUCGAAGAUGCUUCAAGGAAAAGGUAAAGCAUGUGGUGUCAACUGCUUCAAAACUGUCAAUAUCCUGAGCGCAGACCAGAUGUACAUUGAGCGAAUUAAUAUUCUCCCGGAUGAUGAUAUCAAACCAGAGAGAGAUUCAGAGCCUCGUCCAACCUUCGCGUUUGAUCUGGACCAUGUUCGCAUCAAGGUCCCUGCAAUCGUCUCAGUAACUGUGUUUGCUUCCGAAAUAGGGAACGGUGCCAAAGAUCAUGCCGCUGCUCAUUGA